UUAAGAUCAUAGCAAAUCAAAGCAAAAAAAUAUUUGAAGUCAAAGGCAUAAUUUUCGACAAAGAAAUAGAAAAAUGGCAGAAGAAGGACAGGUGAUCGGUGUUCACAGCGUAGAGGACUGGAAGAAACAUACCCAGAAGGGAAAUACCUCUACGAAAUUGAUCGUUGUAGAUUUUACUGCUACUUGGUGUGGCCCAUGCGGUUUAAUGAGCCCAAUUUUUGAAGAGUAUGCUAAAGAGUUUCUAAAUGUCACCUUCCUUAAGGUUGAUGUGGAUGAAUUGCAGACUGUUACUCAGGAGUGUGAAAUUAAAGCUAUGCCAACAUUCCUGUUCUUGAAACAAGGAGUGCAAGUGGACAAAGUUGUGGGUGCUAACAAGAAUCAACUACAUUUGAAAAUAGCCCAGCAUGCUUGAAGGGUCAUGUAUCAUAUGAACAAAACUAUUUAUUUCGAGUUAAUUUGCAUUUUGCUAUUUUAAAGUGAGCUUGUCUGUUUUCAUUUUCAAUAUGGUUUUUGAAAUUUAAAAAUGUAGAUCAUGGUUUGAUAUUUGAAUAAAAUCAUUGUGUUGUGUUGUGUGCUAGUACUUGACUCACUUCCGUUUGAAUAAUUAGGGAUGUUUGCGGCAGCACAGUUUAAAUCGGUUUUAAGGUAAAUAAAUUAUGACAUCAAAAUAUAAAAAAUAUAUAUGUUUUUGUUUGUUAAAAAUCAAGUGUCAAAUUUGUGUGAUGGAAAGUUAAUUAGUGAUUAUUUACUUUGAAAUUCAUUGGAAUAUUUUAAGAAUCGAAUAUAAGUAGUUUCCAAUCACUCAUUUUCUUAAGCCUAAGAAUAAAAUGUGAGUCAUGCACAUUGCACACAAUAUAUAAAGUGUCAUUGUUUUUUUUUUUUUUAAUAAAUAUAAAGUGUCAUCUACUUAUAUUUACACACUUAAUCUCUUAAUCUCUGGGAGUAGAUGUCCUCACAAAUUUCAGAAGGAGGGUGUUCAGUAUGGGAACAAAUU